AUGGUUCGGGGUCUGGAGGACUCCAUCUCGGCCAUCGCCACUGCGGGGGGCUGCAGUCCCACUUCGGUGGAGACGGGCCCCCAUAAAACGGCGCCGGACGGCCUGGGCCGAGUGUGGGUCCGGUGUCCUGCCAUCGCGGCACUCAAGGUCGCGAAGCAGGCCCGGAUCCGGAUCGGCUGGACGAGAGUGGGGGUGGUGCUGCUGGAGCCACGCCCCCUCCAGUGCUAUAAAUGCCUGGAGGUGGGGCACGUACAGCAGCGCUGCCCCAACCAGGCGAACCGCGGCGACCGGUGCUACCAUUGUGGCGGCACUGGUCACCGCGCCAGGGACUGCCCCGCUGAGGCCCCCCACUGCUCGCUCUGCGCGGACUUGGGGAAGCUCGCGGGGCAUCGCCUGAGCGGUCCGGCCUGCGCCCGCAAUAAUAGCGGGCGCAAAAAGAAAGGGGGAAGGGCAGCGGUGGAGGGGUCGGGGACACCUAGUGCCCCCGUUACACCCACCCCGUAG